GGAGAACCUGAAUUGCACGAUUUCGAGAUGUGAAGAUUAUCAAUGAGUUCUAGGGGAGUCUGUUCAUAUAUUGUGAUAUAAACCGUAUGGGAGUCGAGUUUUAAAAGAUUGCAAUCAUGUUCAGGGUGGAAUCCCCCUGUCGAAAGUGCCUUUCUCUUCUUUUAGCCCGUCCAAACUUAUCAUUUCGAUCAAGACACUUCGCCAGGACGGUUGUUAUAAAACCAGAACCAGAACACAAGGAAAUUGGUGCCUCGCCGAAUGAUGUUAACUGGAAAACUAACGCUAGAUUCUCAAAACAAACGGAACGACACAAACAUCCUUCUGAGUGGAUAAAGCCACAAGGUCAUAACACUGGAAUAAAGAUGUAUAAUAGUCUUACGAAGCGAAAAGAUCCAUUUAUCUUGCCAAAAGGAAGAAUCGCAACUUGGUACAUAUGUGGUCCGACUGUUUAUGAUUGUGCUCACUUGGGUCAUGCUAGUUGUUACGUCCGCUUUGACGUCCUGCGAAGAAUUCUCUCUGGAUUCUUUAACAUCGAUGUGAUCAUGACGAUGGGUGUGACGGACAUUGAUGACAAGAUUAUUGCAAGGGCAAGAGAGAUGAAUAUGGACUACAAUAUGAUCGCCAGGCAGUACGAGGCAGAAUUCAGCCGUGAUAUGGCGUUGCUCAAAGUCCAGCCUCCGCUUGCCAUGGUGCGGGUAACAGAACACAUUCCUCAGAUAAUCUCUUAUGUACAACAGAUAGUCAGUAAUGGCUUUGGAUAUGUGACCGAAAGUGGUAGCGUAUAUUUUGAUGUCUCAAAGUAUGGUCGAUAUGGCAAGUUGUGGACUCAUAGCAUGGAAACAGAAAUACGCUUGACAGCUGAUAGAGAGAAGAGGAACCCACGUGACUUUGCCCUGUGGAAGGCAGCGAAACCUGGCGAACCAUGGUGGGCAUCUCCUUGGGGUAAAGGACGAGGCCGUCCUGGGUGGCACAUCGAGUGUUCGACGAUGGCAAGUACGAUGUAUGGACCGCAAUUAGACAUCCACUCGGGCGGCGACGACCUUCGCUUCCCUCAUCACGAGAAUGAGUUAGCGCAGACCCAGGCCUACUACUGCUGCAGCCAGUGGACAAACUAUUGGUUACACUGCGGGCACUUACAUUUAAAAAAUGACGUUGAGAAGAUGUCAAAGUCGUUGAAAAAUUACAUUUCUGUGACGGAUAUGUUGGAGAAGUACACGGCAAACCAGUUCCGGAUAUUUUGCCUUUUGGCGCAUUACAGGAAUAGAAUGGAAUACCAUGACGAAUCAAUGAGGAAAGCCGUCAGUAUGCAAAGGCAAUUGGCUGCUUUCUUAGAACUCGCUGAUGCCUACGUCCGCGGAAGACUGGAUGUCAAACCGAUCAAUGAAGCAUAUCUUUGGGAGAGUCUGAUGGAGACGAAAAAGAAGUUCAAGAAUGCAAUUGCGGAUGACUUUGAUACGCCUCGAGCAAUGGACAUCGUCAUGGAGUUGGUACGGAGGGGUAACAUAGAGCUGGGCAGAAAAAGUAAGCAAGGUGAUGUGAGCGUCAGAAGUCCAGGGGUAAUAGGUGCCAUGAUGACCUACGUGGACAGCCUCCUGGACCUUCUGGGCAUCCAGUUCAGCGGCAGAAAGACUCUGACCGGUACCGAAGCUGAGCAGCAGUUGACACAGGUGCUCGAUAGCAUUGUGAGCUUUCGGAGGAAGGUUCGACUACAUGCGUUACAACAGGGCCAGUCUGCCAAGCCUUUGAAAGAAGUCGGUGUUGUGGAGGGCGCAGAUGAACAGGUACCGGGUGCAGACCCUAGCGUGCAUCCGUCGCGCCAGUCGCCGGGCAUCGCCAGACAGGAACGCGACGUCCUCUUACAAGCCUGUGAUGAAAUCCGAGAUGACCUUGUGAUAGCUGGAAUCCAAGUCAAAGAUCGCCAGAAAGAGUCCUCAUGGCAAAUGCUAGAAGAUAAAACGCUGCAAGGAAAGAAAACUAGUUUUAGUAGUUAUGCUCCGUUAUCAAAAAAGUAUGGUAAUCACUGAACAUCUUCUGACCGCCUCGUCAACGUUGGCGCAGUGAAUAUCUCCGACAUUGGACAACCUUGUUCCUAUCCAAACGAGGCUGAAAAAUCAGGUUGGAUUCACCAGCUGCGACGGUGUAUUUUUGACACUCAUGUACUAUUUAUAUGAACGGUAAUGCGUAUGUGAUAGUGAUUUGCAAAACACCUUCUGCACGCACAAAAGUCUAUGAUGCCAGACUUUGACAUCCGGGCCUACCUGCAGUAGCGCGUCGUUUUGUCCAAGUGUAUUAGAUAUCUUUUUUUCACGCCUGGUAUUAAGGUUUGGCUGAUGUAGUGUUGUAAACUGUAAAAAUUUCUACGCGACACUAAAAUUUUGCCAAUUUGCUAAUUUUCACUUGGUGAUAGAUUAAAUAUUGCAUUUGCUGACGAGAUUUAAGUUAGGGUUUGAAGCCCUGGGAUGAGUCAUACCGUUGCGGCCGGUUGGUUAGACACCAGGAAGUUAGAUAUAGGGUACAAACUGGAUAGGAGUUUGGAAGUAAAGAGUGUCUCCUAUGCCAAAUUUUGCUGGCCCUUUCAGUAGGGGAGACACAUAGAAACAUCAUGGCACUACUUGAUAACAUGUAUAAGUAUUACAGUUGUUAGUACAUUUGUUAAUUUUUGCAUGAAGUUUUUGGGCCAUGGUUAUCUUGAUCUAAACUGCUGUCAGAGGCAUCAGGUAGCAUACUCUACCAAUGUCACUCUCAGAACGAAACAAGUGUCCUUCAUAAAAAGGAUGUCAUGUGUUAAUAGAGGUGUCCACUAAGGGUGAUUCUACUGUACAUGUACCUCAAAUUUGUAUAUACAGUUGAACCUCUCUAUUAAGGACACCCUCGGGACUGACAAGUGCUGUCCUUAAUAGAGAGGUGCCCUGAUUAGAGAGGUCAAAUUCAAUGGAAACAACCAAUUCUGGACCAAACCUAGUGUCCAUAAUAGAGAGGUUCUCCUUAAUAGAGAGGUGUCCGCUAAGGGAGGUUCCACUGUAUUGUCAGUUCUGGUAAUUCUAAUUCAUGUUAUGGGAGCUCAGUAACUCAUCACUGACAUUGAUUGUGACUGAAUUUAGUUACAUGCAUUUGCAAGUGUAGUGUACCUCAAUUAAAUGUGUUGACAGCUUUGUAUACCUGAGUUAUAUUUUAGUUCAAAGCCCCACAGUAUGCAAUUCAACUCCUACGUAACCAGGGUCUAAUUGCUCGAAACAAAUUUUGACAGUACAUGUAACUCUGUUUGGCGUUAACUCCUCAGUUAUUAAGUUCAUUAGACUUUAUCGCCACAGGUUACGUUAAAGGCCAACUCUGUCUGUAAAAAAUUUGAAAUUUGUAAUUGAAUUUGAAAAUUCCCAAUUGCCUAAGUACAUACUUAAUGUAAAUUUCAGCAUUACCGUUGCGUAGACAGAUACACAAAUACUAUGACUACCAAGUUUCAGCAUAUUAGUAUGCAUAAUAUAAACUGCACUAAGGCAUUGUGUAUAAAUGCUUUUCUAUUUUCCUGGACCACCAGUAAUUACAAACGGCGUACCCCUUUAAGGCCAACACUACAGAAAGUUAACGCCCACGUAAGUGACAGAAGUUGUUUUGAACCACUCGUGCCCUUGCCCUGGUUCCUCAGUUGACGUUAGCAACAACGUUAGCGUCAACUGCUAACGCUACUAUUGUAAAUGGAGUUUACUGAUGGAGAUGAGCAUAGCUGAGCUAACGCUAAUGUAGAGACAUAAACAGUUUAUGUCAGAUAGCCUAGCUACGGGGUGUACUUACCCCAGUGGUGUUAAAGCACUUGCAUCACACAGGUUUUCAUUUCUAAAGCUAAAACUUGUGAUACCAUCACAGCCGCGAAAGUUCUGUUGGGGAAAUAUUUCUAUGGGAGUUUUAGUCUGGAAUGUUCACAGAUGAAGAGGUGAUUGAUUUGAGUGAGGUCCCAGUAUAUGAUUGGACUUCAAGCAGAAAUGGUACAAAUACUUUGAAUAUAAUUUUUCUUGUAUAUAUUUGUAUAUUAUGACUACAUGUAUGUAUAGCUAGGGUAGGUGAUUUCUAUAGAGUUUGUAUAUGAUCUUAUUAUCACGAGUGUCUGGAAUAUUUUGUUACCACCAGUUACGCUGAAAGGGUGAAAUCACAGAAUUUCUAAGAUACCAAUAAAGGAGCCACUGAAGUCUUUAAUACCAUGAAUAUACAAUCAUUUAUUUAUAAAUAACUGACAGAUUGGGAUAAGAUUUUCCCACAUAUAUAGGAAACAUUCAAGUAUUGAAAUUAAUUUGGAGAAAAAAUUGUAUCAAUGUUGACCAGUCAUUCAUUUGACAUUGAUUGUGUUGACGAUGAGUGAGAAAUUUUCCCAGCUGCACUGAACAUUUGGGUAACAUUGUUUGGACGUGAUGUGACGUCUUCUGCACUCAGAUUUUUAGAUUUUCCCAUUAUGUAAAGGUCGAUUACGCAGUUCUGUUAACUGAGAUGAAAACAUGGUACAGUGCAUUGGCAUGUGUAUUUACUAAUCUACAGUCCUGUUUAGCUUUGCUUUCCAAUGGUUUACAUUGUACAUUAACUGUAACAUGUCCAGAUUGGAUUAUUGUAAUGGCCUGCUUGCUGGUGCCGGUGAAAAUAUGCUUGAUAAACUGCGGAAGGUUGCGGCACGAGUGAUCACAGGGAUGUGUGAACGUAAACAUAUUAUCCCAGUGCCGAGGAGGGUCCUAUCCUUGAAUGCAUCAAAGACAAUGCUUCUGCACUACAAAGCAAUUAACCGACUGACUUGCCCCUUCAGUUUCUACUCUGAUGAAAAUUGCUCUUGGGCCAGGAAAGACUCAUCCUCAUGCAAACAGGGCCUACAACCCGACUUCUCCUGACGCAUGUUUCCAUUGAGGGUGUAAGUAUGUAUCGAGUGAAAUGGCCUGAUAUUGUCAGGAUGGGAAAGACUGAACUCCUGGCAAGAUUUGAAUAAAACAGGAUUAAGAUCAAAUGUUUUUGUUUGUAGAGAGUCAUUUUCCACCUAAGUCAGUUUUGUGAGUUCGAAUUUUCUAGACAGUAUUACUGGCAGGAAAUGUAAUCUUUUCAGUUUCUUGUGACCCAAGGAAUGAAAAAUGUCUGGCCUCAGUCAUAUGUGAAUAGUCUUGUAUGUAUUGUACUUUUCUAGUAGGGUGUGUGUUCAUCUAAAAUAUUGUGAUACCUGUAAAAAGUGAAUCAAAUAAAAUUUAUUAUAAAUGA